AUGGAUGUUUGUUAUGAAGAUACAAUUUACAGAGCCAUCAUGCAUAAUGACCUAAAGCAAUUCAUCUAUUUCACCCAAAGAGAUGGAUUUGAUGAAAAUCAAAAGCUUAAAAGCUAUCUAUAUCCAGGUGAUUUCAAAGAAUAUUCAUUACUUGAAUUAUGUUGUUACCAUGGAGCAGCUGAUUGUUUUAAGUUCUUAAGAACGAAAUAUAACUCGGAAAUAACUCGAGAAUGCCUAAGAAAUUCAUUUUAUUGUGGAAAUCCAGAGAUCAUGAGUGAAUGUUUGAAAUAUCAAACGCCAGAUAAUUAUUGCAUGUAUAAUGCAAUUAUUUCACACAACAUUGAUUUUGUUACAUUCUUGAUGAAUGAGUACAAUAUAGAAAUCGAUUUAUAUGCUUGCGGAUAUUAUUAUAAUCUUGAUGCAUUAUUUGUUUAUUUUGAUCAGACUAAUGAUGUUAAUAGAUGCUUAAUUUAUUCAUCGAGAUUUGAUAUUUCAUCCCUUUGUGAAUAUUUCCUUUCACAUGGUGCAAAUAUCGAUGCAAAGGAUGAUAUGGAACGUACCGCCCUUCAUUAUUCAGCAGAAUGUGGUUCCCUAAAAACUGCCGAAUUUCUUAUUUCUCAUGGUGCAAAUAUCAAUGAAAAAGAUCAAAAUCAAGAAACCCCUCUUCAUAUUGCAACAGAUAAAUUUGACGAUACAAUGGUUGAAUUUCUCCUUUCACAUGGCGCUAAUGCCAAUGAAAAGAAUAUAAAUGGAUAUACUGCGCUUCAUUAUGCUGCAAAUGAUAAUUUGAAAGAAAUAGCUGAACUUCUUAUUUCCUACGGUGCAAAUAUCAAUGAAACAACUAAAAAUAAUGAAACUGCUCUUUAUCGGGCGUCAGAUUACGGAACUAAAGAAACAGUCGAACUUCUUGUUUCACAUGGUGCCAAAGUCAAUGAAAAAAAUAUAGAUGGAAAUACAGCUCUUAAUGUUGCAGCACACAAUGAUUAUACAGAUAUUGUUCAACUACUUCUUUCACACGGCGCUUCUGUUAAUGAAAGAGAUAAAUAUGGAAAAUUUGCUCUUCAUUCUUUAGUAUCUUGUCAUGAAAAAGCAACAGUUGAACUUCUUCUUUCACAUGGUGCAAAUGUCAAUGCAAAAGAUAAAUAUGGAGAAACCGCUCUUCAUACAGCAGCACAUUAUGAUGAUAACAAAAUAAUCAAAGUUCUUAUUUCACAUGGUACAAAUGUCAAUGAAAAAGAUAAUUACGGAAGAACCCCUCUUCAUUAUGCAAUAGAAGAAAAUAAAAAAGAUACAGCUGAACUUCUUCUUUCACAUGGUGCAAAUAUCAAUGAAAAAGAUAAUUACGGAAGAACUCCUCUUCAUUUUGCAAUAAAAGAAAAUGAAAAAGAUACAGCUGAACUUCUUCUUUCAAAUGGUGCAAAUUUAAAUGAAAAAGAUGCAUACGGACAAACAUUUCUCUUUCUUGCAUUAAACAAUCAUAAUAAUGUAAUGAUUGAUUUGCUUCUUUCAUAUGGUGCGAAUGUCAACCAAAGAGAUGAAUUUGGAAGAACCGCUCUUCAUUAUGCAGCAGAAACAAAUAGUAGAGAUUUAGUCGAACUUCUUAUUUCAUACGGUGCAAAUAUCAAUGAAAAAGAAAAUAAUGGAAAAACCACUCUUCAUUAUGCAGCAUAUACAAUUAGUAAAGAAACAGCUGAACUUCUUAUUUCACAUGGUGCAGAUAUCAAUGAAAAAGAUAAUGACGGAAGAACUUCUCUUCAUGAAGCAGUACGUUUUAAUAGAAAAGACUUAGUUGAACUUCUUCUUUCACAUGGUGCAAAUAUUAAUGAAAAAGAUGCUAAUGGAAGAACCACUCUUCAUUAUGCAAUUUGCAAUAGAAAUUAUAUAGAACUAAUUGAACUUCUUUUAUCACAUGGUGCAAAUAUUAAUGAAAAAGAUGCAAAUGGAGAAACAGUUCUUAAUAUUGUAACACGCAAUAAGAAUAAAGAAGCAGUUGAGUUUCUUCUUUCACAUGGUGCAAAUCUAGAUUAUAUAAGUAAAGAAGAAGAAGGUAAAAAAAAUUAUUGGAAUUAUUCUAGAUCUUUGAAUUAA